CGCCACCUGUAUAAUGCUGUCCAGACAGGUGCUUGUCAGAAUCAAAGGUUUUCUUGUCAAUUAUCCGGAUGUAUUGCAUUCUAAUGUACAUACCCACAGGUAGUGACACACCACGGCUAUCAAACUACAUCACACAAGACAUUGACACUUGAUUUGAAGUUUUGCAUUUUGAUCACUGAAGAUCCCCACCAUGGACCUGCCAAUGACUGACACCAAUGAGAAUGUACUGGUGGUCACUGAGGACUUCCAGUACUACAUACCCAACUUGAAUCAGGCUCAGGUGCGGCAAGUUCAGCAUACCCCAGUCUCUCAUCAUAACAGUAUGAACAUGGGAGGUCACAUUCCCAUGCCCCAGUCCAGCCAAGCCCAGCAUCUAGCCCCUCAAAACAUCCAUGCCCCUCCCGCAAUGGGAAAUAUUGGGGGCAUGAGGCCAGUACACAUGGUACCCACAGGGAUGGACAUGGGCGACGGGCUGCAGAUGCUGGGCAACAUCUGCAUGCAGACACAGCAGGAAAAUAUGGGAGUACCGCGGACUAUGGGAAUUCCACGAACAGUUAUGCAACAGACACUUCCAGGUCAGAGUUGCAGCUACGCCCAAAUGUCCAUGAAUGGAGGGUCAAUGCAGCAACAUCCUGGGAAUACCAUGGUGACUCAAGCAAAGGAUCAUGGGUAUUCCAGGAACAUGAUGCAACCCCAAAGGGAUAAUGUGAACUAUCAGUCGUCUGAAGCUUACAAAGCUGCCCUGAUGAUAAUGACACCCGAUAACAUGCAGGACAGCAUGACAACAUACCAGACAGUCCAACUCAGUAAUGUUAAUCUCAAUAUCAAUGCAACCAAUACCAACAUUCUUCCACAAGUAAACAAUCCAGUGAACUCUUUUAGUGCGACUAUUAACACUCUAAACUCUGUGAAUGCACUGAACACCCUUCCUCAGCCUGCGGUGGUCACCCAGACCAUUGACAACUGUCAGCUAACGGAACUGAGGGCCCAGUUUCACACUGACUACAACACAGACCCAUUCCAGAAAGAACUGGAGGAAGAUAAAUCUCCUAAAAAGAGAAAGAAGAUGGCAGUUUUACGAACAGGGAAGGAAGAUGAUGGGAAGGUGAACCAGGUGAUGUUGGACAAUGUAACUCUUCAGAUGCCGAAGAUACGAAAGAAAGGUAGUGGCAGAAAACCGAAGGUCAAGGCAUGUCAUUUCUGUGCAAAGGAGCUUGUGGAACCAGACAAGUCUGUGUUGUUUAAGAUUGGAGAGGAUGGUAAAAGCGUGUUCUUUGAUACAUGUAAUGCUUGUUUAGCUCGGGAGAACUCACAGAUUGCUGCAGGAAGGGGUGAAGUUCAACCAGAGCCAAUACAACAUGUUCCAGUUCCAGAAAUUCCUGCUCCUCCUAUUGUUGUACCUAAGGUUAAAACUCCAGAAAACAUAUGUCAGGUAUGCUCGAAACAUGUGGAGAAAAUAACGUCUGUCAUUGCUAAAAUUGAAGAUGGAAAAGUAACCUACUUAAAUGCUUGUAAAGAGUGCUCUUUCAAGCCAAAGCCAGUUGAAGAAAAGAAGAAAAAGAAAUUGAAGGACAAGAAGAAAAAGAAGUUAAAGAAAUUAAAGAAGUUGAAUGAAGUAGAAGGUGGUGCAGCUAAAGUAGAUGAACCUGUCAUUGAAGGUGGAGAUGUUACUGAAGCCAGACCCGAUGAAUCUACAUCAGACGAACCGAAAGUAGUGAAGACAAUCGGAACUCAGGUUGAUGAAAAUCCCUAUAAAUGGAAGUGUAGCACGUGUAAGAAGCUGUUUGGUUCUAAAAAUGAGCUGCAGAAACAUCGUCGUCAGAAUCAUCGCUACUAUCGUCUCUUUCAGUGUGAUCAGUGUGAGAGUAAAAUCAAGAUCUACAGCUCGACAGAGAUGGUUGAUUGUUUCAACUGUGGUAAACACUUUGACCAAACAAACUAUAGUCCAUAUACUUUAUCAAAACAGUUCUAUGUUAAAAGAACUACUCAGGACCUCAAGUGCCCGAUUUGUGAGAAGCAGUUUUCUUCACGAAGAGGUGUCCUUGAGCAUCAGAAGAUCCACACAAACAUCAAGCCCCACCUGUGUAAUGUGUGUGGGAAAACAUUCCGGACCCUGCCCCCACUGCGGAUCCACAUGAGGGUCCACACUGGGGAAAAACCGUACCAGUGUGAAAUGUGUGGCAAGUGUUUCCGACAAAGUUCAGCUCUCAACAUGCAUGUACGUCAUCACACGGGAGAAACUCCAUAUUCUUGUGAAGUCUGUGACAAAAAGUUUGCACGAAGAAGCCAAUACACCAAGCACAUGGAGAGUCAUACUGAGAAAACAUUUGUGUGCACAGUGUGUAGUAAGAAGUUCCCUACAGAGGUCCGUCUGAAGCGACAUCACCGUAAGCAUACAGACGAGAACCCAUACAGGUGCACUGUCUGUGGUAUGAACUAUGAAGAAAACAGCGCAUACCGCAGACACAUGCAGAAGCAUGACGUCAUGAAUCCCUACCGCUGUACCCUGUGUGGCAAGCAGUUCGGGGGACGGCGGGGAUUGAUGGAACAUGCCGUGGGUCACCAGGAAGGCAAUGAGUUCAAGUGUGGCAUCUGUGGGGAGGAGUACACCAACAAGGAGGACCUGGACACUCACAUCCAGUCCCAUUUCAUUGAGAAACCUUACAAAUGUCAGCACUGUGACCUCUCCUUCUCCACCAAAAGCCUGCUGGAACACCACACCAACUUCCACUCAACCAGGGAGUUCUUUGACUGUAAGAAGUGUGGUAAAAAGUUCACGAAGCGGGUGACAUUGGACAUGCACAUGAGACGUCAUGAUGGUGCGAAGCCAUUCAAGUGUUUCAUCUGUGGUGAGGAAUACUUGUGGAGCACCACAUUAGAUUCUCACAUGAAGACACAUUAUGUAAAUGUUUAGACAACUGACUGUACGUCUUGGUAUUUUACAUGUUGAAUGAUAGACACAUAGAUGAUCCAUUGUUUGGCUGGGACUAAGUCUAAUUAUUAAAAUUGUGAUAUAUUUAACUUCUUAAAAUCAAAAGACAUUUUCUGUAAGGUAAGAAGACAUUGUUUUGCUUACUGUAUUGUAAGCAGUAAGUCUGUCCUAUGACCUGGACGAAUGGUCAAGUUAUAUAUGAUUGUAUAAAUAUGAUAAAGAUCGAACGACUUCUGAAACUUAUUCACAUUUAUGAAAACCCACAUUAGUCCGAACUCAAUUUUCAACGAGAAAGAAGGAUAAGUACCUCAGCUCAAUGUUUCAGGUGGGCAUGGGAACUGACCCCUGAAUAGAUAAAGCACAUUAAUUUUAGAGCAGUAGGCAUGAAUCUCCAUAACCUUACUCAUCAUUUUCACAGGUAGGGAAUCAGGCAGACUUAUUCUUUUGAAGGAGCUUUGUAUGCAUGCAUAUUGUUAAGUUACUCAUAGCUAUGCAGAGGCCAUGUCCAGUAUUGGAGACCUCGUAUUGUAUAUUUGUGUGUAUAACACUGUACACACUUGUGUAUAAUCAGCUCCCCGCUCCUUCAUGGGUUCAGGGGUGUCUUUUUAAAAAGCUAACCCGUGUACAGUGUGCCAUCCAAAACUACAUUGUAUUGGGUCAGAUGAAGUAUAUGUUGGCGCAGUCAGGAGAUUUCAAAGUAGGCCAUAAUGUCAAUGUAUAAAUGUUGCAAGAAACAAUUACUAGACAUCAGAAAAUAUGGUAUUCAGGGUACUAGAGACAAUUGAUUUAAUUGUAAGUUUAAUAGACAUUAUAGCCUAGCUAUUGUGUAUAUAUGUAUAUCUGUAUCACAAUGUUGGUAGAAUAUUGAGUUUCAUCAUGUGUAUGAUGUUACUGAUUUGUAUGAUAGUUAUGACAAAGUCAAUUAUCAUAGAAAAAGAGAGAGGAGCAUUCUUUGAAACUCCAAUAUUGUAUGGCAUUACGGCUUGCUAUGCAGUCUGUUUGCACAUAAUGAACAGCUUCAUGCAGAGUCACUCCAACAUCUAUACAGUAAAGGUUGUUUGAAGAAUACUUCUGGUAAUGAGCUCUAUAUUUUAUGCAUCACAUCAAAUAUUAUUUUUGAAGAUGAGGAAAGAGUCAGGAAAUGAUACAUUGAUGUACGUACAUUCUCAAUAUAAUGAGAUCUUUUCUUCCAUCUGAUACUCUUCGGUGUGAAGAUCUGAGGACACUUCAUAGGAGAUCAGGGGAACUUUCUAAUCAGCCAAUCAGCAUCAAGGUCUCUAAAUUCUCAGUACAAUCGUUAGAGGCGACUAACUGGAUCGGGUGGUCAGACUCGCUGACUUGGUUGAUGCAUGUCAUCGUAUCCCAAUUGCGUGGAUUGAUGAUCAUGAUGUCAAUUACUGGAUUGUCUGAUAGAGACUGGAUUGUUUACAGACCGCCGUCGUAUAGCUGGAAUAUUGCGGAGUGCUGCAUGGUACAACAAAGAAAACUUACGUCCAAAAAACAAAUAACAAACAGUACAAAUGAUUGAAGAAUUCAAACCAGCAUAUCUGAUUUCUGUAUCUCGAAAACAAAAAAGUCCCUAAAGUAGAAAGUAUGAGGGCAUCAUCAUUGUUGUGGACGAUUGGUACAUUCUCUCGCUCCAAGCGCCAUGGCAUGUACACACAAUAGCGAGUACCAUCAAAGAAAUAUGAUCUUCAGCAACCCACGCUUGUUGUAAGAGGCGACUAACGAGAAUGGGUGUCAGGCUUGGUGACUUGGUUGAUGCAUGCCAUCGUAUCCUAUUUGCAUUGAUCGAUGCUCAUGAUGUCAAUCA